AUGCAGCUGCGAAGCUUUUCCUUCGAGUUUCUUCACGUCAGCCCCGUUUCGAUCACAGGCCUCGCCGAUUUGCCUGCUACCCUCAGCAAAAACUGGUGUAUCGUCGAUUCGACCACAGGAUCUGACCACCUCUUCGUGACUGACCACUCGGGCACGGGAGGAAACGGCUCUCCCUUUUCCUCGCGACGGGGCUCGAGAUCGUGAGAGUCGACCCGGAAGGAGAGGGGCCUUGCGGUCUCUGCUGUUACAAUGUGAGCAAACUUUCCAUACAUUUCCUUUCUUUCCAAGCCUCUGUCUCCUGCUCGUCGGGUCUCGGGUCUCUCUGCCUGAGCCGGUUUCGAUAUUUAGCUCCUCUUCAGCUUUCCCCUUCCUCUUUUCCAAACAUGAUGAUACGGAGCUUGGUACUCCUAUUUUAUAACUGGCACCUCUUAUUCUAGGGGUCGGACAGAUUCGCCCUUGCUUCCUCUUGUGGGCCCUUUUUCUUCUCAAAGCAUCCCGUAAGAUCUGCUUUGUGGAGAGGGAAGGGUUCUCGAGGAGGCUCGGGUUUGAGCAGCUCCUUCUUCGAUGAGUUCAAAUUGUUCUGAUCCAAACUAUACACAUACGACUCUUUUUCCAAUUCCAUCACUUUUCGAGGACUACAUUGAUGACGAUGGACUUGUGCUGACUGUGUUUGGAAAUCGCUCUGCUUCGUUGCAGAUUAUGGAACUGCUCUGAAGCAUCUCUGCUCAAUGCUCCAUCUUUGCAAUCUGAACAUGCACGUUUGCUCUCCACACCACGUGACAUCUUUGCAUUUUGAUCUUGUCCUUCCGGGAAAGCUCCUCCUUUUCAGAGCGUAG